GUGCACCACCAUGCCCGCCCCCUUUUGUGUUUUGAGACAAGGUCUCACUAUGUAAUUCAGGCUGUUGUAGUGACUUACAACUUAGCAGUUUACAGAGAUCCUCCUGCCUCAGCCUCUUGAGUGCUGGGGUUAUGGUAGGCUUAAAAUGGGUCAUUGACGCUGCUCAUUUGUAGAGAAGAAGGUUACAUGGAGACACGGAUUGUAAUAGCAACUGCAGUUGUUCCACACACGGAACCACACACAACUCAAGUUCAAGGCUGCCAACAGUCUUGAGAACCAUCCAGUAACAUUCUGGGAAUGGUCUGUUUUGAGAAAGUUUGUGAAACCAGGUGUUCAUAAAAAUACUGUCUAAUGCUUUGCUAGAGAUCGUCUGUAAGGCACUAACUUUAUUCUGGUGGAAGUUUUGUGCAUGCGUCUAAUAAAAACCAAGGUUGGUGAGAGUUGGCUGCUGUUUUCCUUCAGCCCUCUCCUCCUCGGCGGACUACGUUCCUGCUGUCUGGCUGUCCUUCGUGUCCCCAACACAAGUGGCGCCCGAACAGGACCUGAAGGAAACCAGCCGUGGAUCCCGAAGCGUGCGGGCCGGGAUUUUCGCAGAUGGCGCUGCGCUGGGGCAUCGUGUCCGCCGGCCUCAUCGCCAGCGACUUCACAAAGGUGCUGUGCUCGCUGCCCAGCUCCGACCACCAGGUGGUGGCGGUAGCGGCCCGCGAGCUGAGCCGAGCGCGGGAGUUUGCGCAGAAACACGGCGUCCCCAGGGCGUACGGCUCCUACCGGGAGCUGGCCGAGGACCCCAACGUGGAAGUGGCCUACAUUGGCACCCAGAACCCUCAGCACAAGGCCGUGGUGCUGAUGUGUCUGGCAGCAGGCAAGGCUGUCCUGUGUGAAAAGCCCAUGGGUGUGAAUGCCGCCGAAGUUCGAGAGAUGGUGGCUGAGGCCCGGUCCCGAGGCCUCUUCCUUAUGGAGGCGCUCUGGACCCGCUGUUUUCCUGCCACAGAGGCACUGAAGUCGGUUCUGGCCCAGGGAACCCUGGGGGACCUUCGGGUGGCUCGGGCCGAGUUUGGGUUGGACCUGAGCUUCCUGCCCCGGUCCAGAGACUGGGCCCAGGCCGGCGGGGGUUUGCUGGACUGCGGCAUCUACUGCGUCCAGUUCAUCUCCAUGGUCUUCGGCGGGCAGAGGCCUGAGAAGAUUUCAGCUGUUGGAAGAAUCCAUGAGACAGGGGUGGAUGACACAGUCACCGUGCUCCUCCAGUACCCGGGCGGUGUCCACGGCAGCUUUACCUGUAGCAUCACCUCCCAGCUUGCCAACACCGCCUCCGUGACUGGCACCAAGGGCAGAGCCGAGCUUAACAUUACAUGGAGCCCCACAGAGCUGAUGGUGAAUGGAAAGCGGAAGGAGUUCCCAGUGCUUCUCUGCACAGACAAGACAUACAAUUUUACCCACUCUGCUGGCAUGUGUUUUGAGGCCAUGCAUGUCCGCGAGUGCUUGCGCAAAGGCCUGAAGGAAAGUCCUGUGAUUCCACUGGCCGAGAGUGAGCUCCUUGCUGACAUCCUGGAGGAAGUGAGGAAGAUCAUUGGCCUCACCUUCUCCCAAGACAAGCGCUGAUGCCAGUGGAAAUGAAGAGGGAUGCCUGUGAGUUAGGAGGUUCACCACCUGUUCAAGACCAACCUGAAUUAUGGAGACCUGAUCUCAGAAUCAAAAAUAAAACCAAACAAAAAGGCUAC